AUUCUUGAAAGCUCUCCUCCGUUCCGGUUUGUUAUUGUGUUAUAAAUUCUUUGUUAAGAAUUCUACAGAAGCGUUCAAUAUGAUGCAACUCGGUGGUGCACCAAUUUUAGUGCUCAGUCAAAAUACGACGCGAGAAUCGGGUCGUAAAGUUCAGGUGCAAAAUGUUUUAGCGGCGAAAGCAGUUUCAGAUGUCAUCCGCACGUGCCUGGGUCCCAGAGCUAUGCUAAAAAUGCUUCUCGAUCCCAUGGGCGGCGUUGUCAUGACUAAUGAUGGGAAUGCGAUUUUGCGUGAAAUAACAGCUCAACAUCCUGCUGCUAAAACGAUGAUUGAAAUAAGCCGUACCCAAGACGAAGAGGUGGGUGAUGGAACAACAUCCGUAAUAGUCCUCGCUGGAGAAUUGCUUCAGAAAUCAUUACCCUUUCUGGAGCAAAAUACUCAUCCUACUGUUAUUAUAAAUGCUUAUCGCCAAGCAUUAGAUGAUGCUGUCAAUAUUUUACAAUCUCAAAUUUCAAUCCCAGUAGAUGUUGAUAAUACUGAUGAGAUGUUGAAAAUCAUUAUGGGAUGUUUGCGAACGAAAGUUGUGGGAAAUUUUGGAGAAAAAGCCUGCGAGAUAGCACUGGCAGCUAUUAGGACUGUUCAACUUGAAGUCAAUGGUCGCAUGGAAAUUGAUAUAAAAAGGUACGCAAAAGUAGAGAAAAUACCAGGUGGGUCAAUCGGUGAUUCCAAGGUUUUGGAUGGCGUUAUGUUGAAUAAAGAUGUAACACAUGCAAAAAUGCGACGGUAUAUUAAAAAUCCAAGAAUAAUGCUUUUGGAUUGCAACUUGGAGUAUAAAAAAGGAGAAAGCCAAACUGAAAUAGAAAUCUCGAAGGAGGAAGAUUUUACUAAAAUUUUACAAUUAGAAGAAAAAUACAUCCAGGAUCUUUGUGCAGAGAUCAUAAAAUUUAAACCUGAUGUCGUAUUCACUGAAAAAGGUGUAAGUGAUUUAGCUCAGCAUUAUCUUUUGAAAGCCAACAUCACCGCAAUUCGAAGAGUCCGUAAGACUGACAACAACAGAAUUGCCCGUGCUUGUGGUGCUACCGUCGUCAAUCGUGUGGAUGAGCUGACCGAAGACGAUAUCGGCACAGAUGCUGGAUUGUUUAAAAUUGAAAAAAUUGGGGACGAAUACUUUUGUUACGUUGUCGAAUGCAAGAAGCCUAAAGCCUGUACCAUCCUUCUAAGAGGUGCAAGUAAGGACAUUUUGUCUGAAGUAGAAAGAAGCUUGCAGGAUGCCAUGUGUGUGGCUCGGAAUGUGAUCUUGGAACCUUAUCUCGUUCCUGGCGGUGGGGCAGUGGAGAUGGCCGUAAGUCAGCGCUUGAUGGAAAAAUCCAAAAGCAUCAUGGGUAUCAGCCAGUGGCCUUACCGUGCUGUUGCCUCGGCCCUUGAAGUUAUUCCUCGCACUCUGAUCCAGAAUUGCGGAGGAGAUGUCAUCCGAUCCUUGACGGCUCUUCGUGCUAAGCAUGCAACGGCGGGUAAUAUAUCUUGGGGAAUCGACGGACAAACUGGACAGUUGGUGGACAUGAAAAACUAUGGUGUUUGGGAACCACUUACAGUAAAGUUGCAAGCUUAUAAAACGGCUGUUGAAACAGCAAUCAUGCUUUUGCGUAUUGAUGAUAUUUUGUCUGGAAUCAAAAAGAAAGAAGAUCACCAGCAGAUCAACCCCAGCAUGGAGCCAUCUGAAGAAUCGAUGAAGGAAUGAGGAGUUAUCGGUCAUCAGCACAUAUGGCCAUGUUGCUUUCGUUUUUUACGAUUUUUCAUUUCUUUACAUAAUGUACGAAAGGGAUACUUAAAAUAUCAAAUGUUUCUUAGCAGCAAUAUUUUUUUGAUAACUCUACUGCUUUGCUGCACUUGAACAAAGAAUUACAUUAUUUAUUCACUAACCAAGUAUAAAUUCUAAAAAAUGUAGAUAAAAUUUUUACUUUUCAGCUCUUAACUAUAAAAAAAUAUAUAAGCUGUAAUUUUGUAUUGGGUAAUAAAAUGUAUACCUAUGAUUACUUGUUAUAUUAAAGCUUGUAAUAAGCAUUUGGUUUAAUAACCUAUAUAAAGUA